UAGGCGUCGAGGCGGAGGUCUCUUAUUGGAGAUUGAGUGUUCCGUGUGCGUAUUUUUCUCAAUAGCCGAAAUUGCCGUCGAAGAACAUUUCAGAACUUUCGACGACCCAUUUGCAAAAGCUGCCACUAAAUAUCUGUUUACGUAAGAGAGAGCGAUGCCAAAAUUUAGCGAAGGUGAUCUAGUACAUUCCUUUGCAUGACCGAUAUCGAUGCUGUCAUGUGGCAGUAGAUGAGCCGAUGUUAAAGUGUAGAUUUCGUCAACAGAAACGACUGCUCCCGAAAGAAGAUAUUUUUGGAUAGCCUUAGAGAAAACUAACAACGUACGAGCAACUUAAAGCAUGCGUUUGAAAUCGCUGGAUGGACCCUUGGCGGUUCACAACGGCAAUAACGAGGCUUUGAAUUCUCCAAAGCGGAUAAACACUCUGCAGAAUAGUAAUAUAAUCUCAAACUACGUGAAUUACGAUAACAAUAUCACAACACACUUGACCACAAACAAUUCCAGUGAUGUUGGUACUAUUACCAGCGCUCAUGAUCAACUUAGCAAUGAUAACGUGGAUGCCCUACAUAGGAUAAGCAACACCGAGAGCCAGAAGUUGCGAUGGUGCAACUUCACUGUGAACACCGGCCAGCAAAAUCAGCAGCAUCAAAGACAGCUGGCCCUAAACAAUCUCGCCAACAACAGGUACAGUCAAAUACGAAACAUAAACAACACGCUGGCCACCCAAAUGAGGAUCAGGGAGUCUUCCGCCCGAUGUCAAGAACUCGCGUCACCAGAUGAUGCCCGGCUCGAUGAUUACGGACAGCUUCAAAGCUGUAGUUCGUCAACGGCGGCGUCUCCACAAGAUGAAGAUCGGUCUUUUGAUCUGUCAGAAAGUGGAGACUCCUCCGAUGAAGGUAUCGACGAUACGUUGGCGGUCGAUGACCAUACUCCAAGCCUCAGAUGCAUCGUCAACCCCAACUAUCCAGGCUUCCAACAUUUGGCGCAUACGCUGGUUGACGGAUACGACGAAGAAGCUCUGACAAAUAAAUUGGAAGCGGACGCUAAUCACGCAAACAAUAAUGACCCGGAUUCCGAAUUUAAGAUUGACAAGUUUGACAGCGUUAACCGCCUGGACAGUGUAGAAAACAUUCAGAAGGUGUUCCACGACAAAUCAUUGUCUGAUAUCAAAGUGAAUAGUGAAUCUGUAGAAAACAUAACUUGCAAUUCAGUGAGUGACAGUGGCGCCACCCCAAGCGAGGAACACUGUGAGGUAGUGAACUUUAAUAUUAAGUUAGAGGAGAAAGUGCUCGGAAUAGUAGUCGGUGAUUUUCGGAAGGAAGUAGAAGAGGAGUUGGAAAAGAUCGGUUUAAAUAAUGAGCAAUUUCAAGAGACCGAUAAUGCUCUAGUUAAAGCACCGGCUCAUGACGACACAAGCCUACAACUGUCGACCUAUAUACAAAGUGACCAACUAUCUACGGAACAAUCCGAAGCCGAUGAUAAAGCCCCAUUAUUGCCAAUAGAAAUUAAAAUGGCGGACGCCGUUUUGUCCGAUGCUCGAGAACUCAUCCCGAGGCUUUGUGAAAAUAUGGAAAAUCCCGAUGUAAACGCCAAGAAGUUUAAAACGGAUACCGCUACCUACAACGGUAAAACUGAGCAAUUCAAUAAAGAAGAUGUUACAAAAAACCGCAAGGAAAAAGACGAAGAUAGUACUUUGUUGAAAGAUAAAGGAAUGUCCGUUCCUGCCGGCUCGACGAGACGAAGAUUAAAUUACAGUCAACAAUUUGGCAGCUUGAUAUCUUUUACUAGGAAGGAACCUGCGAGAAAAGAUGCGGUCGCAAGGAGAUCGGCGCCAAUGGCCUACGGCAAAAAGAAGACACCGAAAUGUGAAACUUCAGGCGAGUUUGAUGUUUACAAUAUCGAAACAGCGAUGCCGCACAUUGACCUUGAAGCCAUCGAAAAUCAUCUACGUGCCGCAAGAGAAGAGGAACGACGGAGACGAACUGAUAGAGAAGAGAUUAGACGAAGACUGGCGAUGGGUCCAGAGGAUGAGUAUUACAUGGAUCGACCCUCCAGGAAGCCUAGUUUGCAAGCUCGUUUACAAAGUGGUAUGAAUCUUCAAAUUUGUUUCAUGAAUGAAACGGUUCUGGACAAUGAUAGUCCCAGCUCUGACUCUGAAUGUCCUAUGACAAACCCCAAACAGCCUAAAACCUCUCUCGUUAGCCAAGCCUCACCAAAUGCAAAUGGUUUUGAAGCAUCUCUCCCUCAACGGCCUGCUACAUUAUCCUUGCAACCACAGCCGUCGAUGGCUACCCUGCAAUUAGGGGGCGCAGCAUCUGAGACUGACUUCUUUACGAAGCAAGCGCGAUUGCAGACUGAAGCGCGAAUGGCAUUGGCACAAGCGAAAGAAAUGGCGAGGAUGCAAAUGGAGAUAGAACGACAGAGGCAGAAAAAAAGUCCAAUUACGGAAAUGGUCAGACACAGUUUGGAAAAAGUGGGGAUACCUUUCCCGGAGGAAAAGAGGAGACUUUCCAGGCAACUUUUGACUGAAAUGAACGUUGCUCAACUACAAGUGAUCGUUAAUGAUCUGCACACUCAAAUAGAAAUCCUCAAUGAGCAGCUUGUAAAGUUUCUCAUGGACCGUGACGAUCUCCAUAUGGAACAAGACUCCAUGCUCGUCGAUAUCGAGGAUCUUACGAGAUAUUUGGGCGCUAAAGAGCAAGUCCUCAAGGAGCAGUGUAUUUCGACGCCUCAGAAUAACAAUUUGCCGCCUCCAUCACCCGCCCCUUCUUCACCUCUGGCAACCAUUAAUAGUACUGUUAAACCACACUUGCACCGGAUAGCCAGCUUAGUAAAAAAGUAGCCUAAAGGACGUCACAUCUGCCCGUCCUUCUGUAUAUAGUUGGUUGAUGGACUGUGUGAGUUUAAAACAGAUAUGCCUCCAUUUUGUAAUUUGCAGGUUGUUAUAGUCCUACUGAAACUUGCGACAAUAUCAAAUUCGGUGGGUAAAUUGCCAUUCAUUUGAUUCAUUAUCUAUUCGGGCUUAAAACUUUUUUUUUAUUAUUCUUUUAAAAAGGUUUGCAAGCAUAUUAACUAUUAAUAAAUUAUAUUUAAAUUUUAUGUUUAGUUUGUUUCAUAUGUAUCAUUCUGAAGUCGUUGACUAUAUCUAUGAAUCAUGUUCUAGCUUUUCCAGUGACCAGCGUGAUGGUAAAUUUUGAAACGGCGCAAGGCCUAAUGGUGUUGAUUAUUCCUUCAAGCUUAGGAUCCUUGUAAUAAAUUUAUGCAAAAAUUCCAUUGUUAUUACCUUAGCAUUAGGUCAGUCGUAGGCUAUGCUAGCAAGUUCCUUUAGUGAUAUUAUUUAUUUUUGUAUAUUACCUUAAAUGUAAUAUCGUAUCAAUUAGCCUGAAAAGUGUUUACACGGUGUGUGUGUAGCGCUAAUAGAGUUUUGGGAGAUCUCAAUAACUAGCAAUUUAUUUUAAGUUUAUAUUACCUAAGAUAUGCGAUUAAAGCAAGUACAAAGUUACCAAUAACUUACUUUUUUAAACAUAUUAAAAUCUGCAAAGGCCAAAAGAUUAAUUUAAAAACUAAAGUGGUAUGGUUGAUCUGGUCUUAUUUCAAACCCCCCCAAAAACUCUAAUGUAAUUAUUAAAAACGUAAUAAUUAGAAUUAUCGUAGAUAGAUCAUGUGUAGAAUUGAUACAAGUCAUAUGUAUUUGCAAGUGUUAAAAAAAACAAAAUAAUUGCAAGAAUAGAUGUUACAAAACAAAGAUAAUCGCUCAAAAAAGGAUAACUCAUAGGUGAAGAACGAAAAGCUGUAGCCAAAUGGGUGUUGAUAAAAAAAAUAAAAACAUAUAUGUAUAAAAUUGUGGCAUUAUGUGACGCUCAACAGCGUCAUCGUCUAAGCCACAUUAAAUUCGAAUCAUUCUCUAAUGCAUAAGAAGGUGUCGAACAAAAUAUUUCACCAAAAAUAUCUGAUUUUUUGAUUAGUGGCUAAAAAUUAAGUUUUUAUAUGAAUAUUCAAAACCGAUGCGAAUACAAUCACAUUAUGUAAUUGUAUCCGAUUUAUGAUAAUGGGGCUUUUGAUUCUGACGUAUGUUUUUUGUAUUAUAUUUUGAAAACUUAAAAGACUGUACCACCCAAAGAAUACGUUAUAAAACCGGAGAUGAAAUGAUCUGUAUCACCUUUUGAUAUUAUAGGAAGAGCGUUUGUUGAGCGAUAUGCGACUAGUAAAUGUUACUGUAAUUAAGAUUCGUUGUGAAUACAAAUGCUUAAAUAAAUCAUU